AGGGAAAGGAAGGGCUAACGCCUAAGCUCCCUGUGGAUUAGUUUUUGAAGUGCAGAAAGCAUUGUGAGACACCACGGUCACUGCACUUUCCUGUAGGCUGACUGCACAGGAGGUUGGGACUACUGCUGCAUAUACUGCUCUCUUACAACUCUUCCUCUAGCUUCUGCUUUGCUUCCAGCAGUCUUCUGUCCUCCCUGCACUUCACUUCUGCCUCUGACCAAGAUCUCCAGAGGUGGAACCCUUACAAAAUGACAGAAAAUCAGUCACACAUCAGUAUCAUGAUGUCAGACUCAAGUAUAAAUGGCAUCCCUAACAGAAAACAAUCUUCUCAAGACCCAUCAGUCAGUGGAGGAACCACUGUGACCUUUCACAACAUCUGCUACAGAGUGAAGGUGAAGAGUGGAUUUGUUUGUUGCCGCAAAACAAUCAAUAAAGAAAUUUUGAGAGAUAUCAAUGGGAUUAUGAGACCAGGACUGAAUGCAAUUCUGGGACCCACAGGCAGUGGCAAAUCUUCGUUACUGGAUAUUCUGGCUGCAAGGAAAGAUCCUCAUGGACUGUCUGGAGACAUUUUGAUAAAUGGAGCUCCCCAGCCUGUCAACUUUAAAUGUAUUUCUGGGUAUGUGGUACAGGAUGAUGUGGUAAUGGGAACCCUGACUGUGAAAGAAAACUUCCAGUUCUCAGCAGCACUUAGGUUACCAAAGUCUGUUCCUGAACAGGAAAAGAAACAACGAAUUAACCAGAUCAUAGAGGAACUUGGUUUGACAAAAGUGGCAGAUUCCAAGGUUGGCACCCAGUUUAUUCGUGGAGUGUCAGGGGGAGAGAGGAAAAGGACGAACAUUGGAAUGGAACUCAUUACUGACCCUGCAGUCUUGUUCUUAGAUGAGCCAACAACAGGACUGGAUGCCAGCACUGCCAAUGCUGUCCUCCUUCUCCUGAAAAGGAUGGCAAAGCAGGGGAAAACAAUAAUUUUUUCCAUCCACCAGCCGCGAUACUCCAUAUUCAGACUGUUCGAUAACUUGACAUUAUUGGCCACAGGAAGAAUGCUCUACCAUGGGCCAGCUCAGGAUGCUAUUGAAUACUUCAAAUCUAUCGGUUAUGAGUGUGAGCCAUAUAACAAUCCUGCUGAUUUCUUUCUGGAUGUCAUUAAUGGAGACUCAACUGCUGUGACAUUGAACAAGACAGAUGAAGCUGACUUGGAAAAUAAUGUUGAAGAACACAUCAACCAUGAGAAGACUCUGGCAGAGAAGUUAGCAGAGCAGUAUUCCAAUUCUACAUACUACAGAGAAACAAAAGCAGUACUAGAGAAUAUUUCUUUGCAAAAUAAAAAGAAAACAAAGUUCAGUUUCAGACAAAUUACAUACACAACUUCCUUUUUUCAUCAGCUCAAAUGGGUGUCCAGACGUACGUUUAAAAACUUAAUUGGCAAUCCUCAAGCCUCCAUAGCUCAGCUUUGUGUAACAGUUUUCCUAGGACUUGUGGUAGGUGCUAUUUUCUUUGGAGUGAAAAAUGAUUUUACUGGCAUACAAAACAGAGUUGGUGCAAUGUUCUUCAUGACCACCAACCAGUGUUUCAGCAGUAUUUCAGCUAUUGAACUUUUUGUUGUAGAAAAAAAGAUAUUUAUACAUGAAUAUAUCAGUGGGUACUACAGAAUGUCUGCAUAUUUCAUCUCCAAAUUAAUGGCUGAUCUAAUACCCAUGAGGACUAUGCCAAGCAUCAUCUUCACCUGUAUAGUUUAUUUCAUGUUAGGUUUGAAGCCAACAGUAGAUGCCUUCUUUAUAAUGAUGUUUACUCUUAUGAUGGUGUCAUACACUGCCACUUCAAUGGCACUAGCUAUUGCAGCAGGACAGAGCAUGGUGGCUAUAGCAAAUCUACUCAUGACCAUCGCAUUUGUCUUUAUGAUAAUUUUCUCUGGCUUGCUGGUAAAUCUUACAAGCAUCAUGUCUUGGCUUUCCUGGCUCCAAUACUUCAGUAUUCCUCGAUAUGCAAUGACAGCUUUGCAAAUCAAUGAACUUACUGGACUCAAUUUUUGUGCUGGCAGCACUAACACAAGUUGGAGUGAUGGGAAUGCACAGGUCAGCCAACCGUGGUGUACUGGAGAAGAAUACUUGAAAAAUCAAGGGGUUGAAGCAACUGCUUGGGGCCUGUGGCAGAAUCAUGUGGCCCUUGCAUGCAUGACAAUAAUUUUCCUUACAGUUGCAUAUCUGAAACUGCACUUCAUGAAGAAGUUCUCUUAAAACAAAAGGAAAAAUAAAUACAUAGCAGUAAUACUUAUUCUGUACUAGCAUAAUAAGUUGAUUGGUUAAAAAACUCACAACUAUUUUUUUAAUAAAACUCCUUUAUAUUUUUUGCUUCAAAAUUUAACAAAGUUAACAAAAACUCUUCAGCAUUAGUAAAUAUUUAUUAUAAUGUAGUUUCUUGAAAUUUAUUGCAAACCUGAACUCUCCUUAUGGCUAUGAAAAUUAUAAACUAGUAUUAAUCUUUCUAAGAGACCAAAAAGCCUGCUUAGAAUUUGUCAACAUCCAGUCUCCAUCAGCAAAGUAAAUGAUCCUAUGGUCAUUGAGUUGUAAAGAUCUCUCUGUUUUUAUAUGUAUAGAGCAAUAGGCUGACAACAAAACAGGGCUCUAUUUCCCAUUUCCCUUUCUGCAUAUUGCAGCAUGUAGUCAUAAAAUUUGUCAGGGCCAGAUUUUGGCUGGUGUUUACACAGUUUCAUGUUUGUCAUGGGGAGGAGAAGGCAUAAGAAGUAGGCCUUUGCGAAUAGGGAAGUAUUCAAUUCAGAUUCGGCCGAUUUGGAGGACAGUGGUUUGAUUCGGAGAUUCGGGUCAUUGUCCCGAAUCCAUUCUGCCAAAUCAGUUUCAAAAGAUUUGGUGCUGAUUCAGAGAGAUUUGUUGAUUCGGCCAUAAAGUAUAAUGGGGAAUAACUGAAAUACAUAUAACUUUCUCAUUUUUUGGCAGAUGUGGAUGAAA